GAGAGAGAUGCUUGCGAUUCAAUCUCAAGUCCUCUUCGGGGUCGCUCGCUGCUCACUCGUCGCAGUGUUCGUCGUGUUCCCUGACUCACCUUUCCGCGAGCGCUCUUUCGACUCUGUAAAGUGGUUUUAGCUGGAGUUUAAGAUGCUCUGUUCUAUCUGGGGGGGUUUCCGGCAAUUUUAAGAGGUGCGUUUUCAAACAUGGCAUCAUCCCACUCGGAUUCUGCGCGGAUGGAGCAGAUAAUCACUGAAUUCUUUGCCAAGAGUCUCCACAUAAUACUCGAAUCAAGGACCCCUUGCAUUUCUUCGCGGAAUUUCAGCGGUGAACAGACUGUGUCCUCCCCAUCUUCGUCCUCUUCUUCCUCUUCAAGCGUGAGACCAAGAGAUAAAUGGUUCAAUUUAGCUCUUAGAGAAUGCCCUGAGGCGUUGGAGAAUCUCGAUCUUUGGCACCAAAGCAAUCUUGAACCUAUGGUUGUUGAUGUUGUUUUGGUGAAGAGAGCGAUUAACUGGGAACCAGCCAAUUUCUAUCCCAAGACGGAACUGUUCAAGAAUUUGUCAUCGAAAGAGCUGCAUACAAAUUGCUGGAACUCUGACCAGGAGGAGCUAGGAAAUGAAAGGAGUGAAAAGAUAAUAGAAAGAUGGAUAGUGCAGUAUGAGGUGAGGAAGGCCAAGGAUGCUGGCAAGGGGAGCAAAAGAUCAAGCAGUAGUAUCUUGUCAUCAAUUUAUAAGAAGUCGAUGUUGCUUUUAAGAUCCUUAUACCUAACUGUCCGGCUCUUGCCAGCAUAUAAAAUAUUUCGGGACCUGAAUUUAACUGGUCAAAUUCGCUCUUUCUCUCUUGCUCAUCGGGUUUCUUCUUUUGUUGAGCCCUUCACCCGUAGAGAGGAGGCUGAAAUGCAACAAUUUGGUUUCGCCCCUGUGGAUACUUCAUCUGGUAGGCUUUGCCUUUCAGUAUUGUAUCGAUCAUCAUUAUCUGAUGUUAGUUCCGAGCCAUCUACCCCAAUGUCUCCCCAGCUUAUACCAGAUUAUGUGGGCAGCCCAUUAGCUGACCCGCUUAAGAGAUUUCCAUCACUUCCUGUAUCUCAUGGCUCCCCUUCGUCAUUGCCAUUCUCAAGGAGACACAGUUGGAGUUUUGAUCAAUACCGUGCCUCUCCGCCUUCCAGGACUUUCUCGCCUUCACCAACCCAUUCUGAACCUUAUGCUUCAGCUUCUAACCCCAGUUCUUGUCGGUUUCCCCCACCAGGUUUGCCACCUCACCCAUCUGAAGUAUCUCAUGCUCAUAAGGAUAAUGCUAGCUUUGAUGAAUACUAUCCCUCCCCUAUAUUUUCUCCUUCUCUCUCACCCUCCCCACCCAUUUAUGUACCUGGGAGUAAUCUUUCAAGGGCUCUUUUACGAUCUGAGAGUGCUCCAGUUAAUAUACUUGCAACGAAGUUUCUUAAUUCCCCUAUGUUGUUCAAGAACCAAAACUUUCCUCCUUCACCUCCUCUCAGAGGUACAAGAUAUGGCCCUUCAACGGCUGAUAAAAGUAUGUGUCCCAGCCGUGAUGUUGCAACAGUUGAUAAGAUGUCCUUUGUCGGAAGGGAUGACAUAGGAAGACCUUCUGGGUUACAACUAUCAUCUGGAAGUUCAGCACAUAUUUCCUAUUCCAGAAGCUCCUGCAGGUCUUUCCAUGAUGAUUUUGAUGAGUCUGAGUACACUUGUCCAUUCGAUGUGAAUGAAGAUGAUGUGACAGAUUCAGGUAGCAGAGUGGAUUUAUUCGAUAAAAGAGGACAUGCGCAUGAUCCACUCCAGUCUGCUUCGUUUUUGCCAAUCAGAAAAUCUCCAGGUGCUGCUGUUGGAGCUCUUGUGGAUAUGUUGAAGAAAGCUCCUCCUCUUCACCAAGACUUCUCAAAUAUGGCAACAGCUUCACAAGCUUCACAAGCCUCCAGAUCUGAGACCUGGAGCAACAGCUUUCACGAGUAUUGUCAGACCCCUAAAGCCAUAUCAGCUCAGGAUGGCACUUCAAGCGUUACAUCCUCUGCUCUUCUCGCAUCUAAGACAACAGCUGAUGCUUUAGAAGAACUCAAGGGUUAUCAGGAGAUGAAGAAUUUACUGCUUUCUCAAGGGGGUACUGGUAGGUCACAGAGCGUGCCCAAUUAUGCUGCUGCUGCUGCUGCUGUUGUAGAAUCUGCCGGUAGAGGUACCGUUAAAUUUUAGCAGAGGUACCUGUGGAAUUCACUGCUGACCGACCUCAAAUCUUCUUACACAUGUACAGGCGAGCAUUAUGAGAUUGAGUUAGCAGCUGAGCUCUAGUGUUCAUAUUUAAUCCGUACAUACUUAUUGCCUGCAAUUGGGAAUACUAACCGGUGCUUUCGUUUUACUGCACGAUGAACCGACAUGGAGGAGUAUACCCUGCUUUGUACAGAAACCUACCUUAUUGCUUUGUUUUUAUUAAUUAUGGUGUUCAAUCUGCUGCUGGUGUGAUUAUCAGCAGAUUGUUAUGUGGAUUGUUACAUCUGUCGACAGUAUAUUUAGCGUGCGUGCUGGUGUAUAUUCUGAAAUGUAAACAGAAACUAAACGCUCAUUACUUUUGUGGGCAAUAUAAGAAGUUUUCCUUCA